ACGGUCCGGAGUUUCACAAUCCAGCUUUGCUGACAGCUCAUGUUUCAGUGUCCAUCAGCACAAAAUGUGCUAUUUAUGUUGGAAAUGUGACGGGACCUUGGCUUGAAAUGCUUCUCUUUAGAGUUCUGGAAUAUAAGACAGUUGCUAGAAAGAACCCUGACAACUCCACCGCAAGAUGAAGUUCUUCCUGUUGCUUUCGGCCGUUGGGGUCUGCUGGGCUCAGUACAACCCUCAUACACGGCAGGGACGCACAGCUAUCCUCCAUCUGUUUGAGUGGCGCUGGGCCGAUAUUGCUGUGGAAUGUGAACGCUACUUAGCUCGGAAGGGAUUUGGAGGCGUUCAGGUCUCUCCACCCAAUGAAAAUGCUGUAAUUACCAACCCUUAUAGACCCUGGUGGGAAAGAUACCAGCCAGUGAGCUAUAAGUUAUGCACCAGAUCUGGAAAUGAAGAUGAAUUCAGAAACAUGGUGACUAGGUGUAAUAAUGUUGGUGUGCGAAUUUAUGUGGACGCUGUAAUUAAUCACAUGUGUGCUGAAAGCAAUGCCCCAGGAACGAGCAGCACUUGUGGAAAUUACUACAAUCCUCAAAAUAGGGAGUUUCCAGCAGUCCCGUACUCUGGUUGGGAUUUUAAUGAUGCUAAGUGUAAAACCGGAAGUGGAGGCAUUGAGAACUAUAAUGAUGCUGCGCAGGUCAGGGACUGUCGUCUAACUGGUCUUCUUGAUCUCGCCCUUGAGAAGGAUUACGUGCGUACCAAGAUUGCUGAGUACAUGAACUAUCUCAUUGACAUUGGGGUAGCAGGGUUCAGACUGGACGCUUCUAAACACAUGUGGCCCGGAGACAUCAAGGCAAUUUUGGACAAACUGAAUAAUCUGAACACAAACUGGUUCCCUGAAGGAAGUCGACCUUUCAUUUUCCAGGAGGUAAUCGAUCUGGGUGGUGAGGCGAUUAAAAGUAGUGAAUACUUUGGAAAUGGCCGUGUGACAGAGUUCAAGUAUGGUGCUAAACUAGGCACAGUUAUUCGCAAGUGGAAUGGAGAAAAGAUGGCUUACUUAAAGAACUGGGGAGAAGGUUGGGGAUUCAUGCCUUCUGACAGAGCGCUUGUCUUUGUGGAUAAUCACGACAAUCAGCGAGGUCACGGAGCUGGAGGAGCAUCUAUCCUUACAUUCUGGGAUGCUAGAAUGUAUAAAAUGGCUGUCGGAUUUAUGCUCGCUCAUCCUUACGGAAUUGCACGAGUGAUGUCAAGCUACCGCUGGGAAAGACAUUUUGAAAAUGGAAAAGAUGUUAAUGAUUGGAUUGGGCCACCAAAUAAUAAUGGAGCAACUAAAGAAGUAACCAUUAACCCAGACACCACCUGUGGCAAUGACUGGGUCUGUGAACAUCGUUGGCGUCAAAUAAGGAACAUGGUUGCCUUCCGAAACAUAGCUGAUGGCGAGCCUUUCACCAACUGGUGGGAUAAUGGAUCCAACCAAGUAGCUUUUGGAAGAGGAAACAAAGCAUUCAUUGUGUUUAACAAUGAUGACUGGUCAUUGUCAUUAACUCUGCAAACUGGUCUGCCUGCCGGCACAUAUUGUGAUGUCAUUUCCGGGGAUAAAGUUGGUGGAGACUGCACAGGCAGUAGAGUCUAUGUUUCUGACGAUGGCACGGCAGAGUUUUCUAUUAGUAACACUGCUGAAGACCCCUUUAUUGCCAUUCAUGCUGGAUCAAAAUUAUAAAAUUCAAAUUAAAUACAUGUAGAGAAAGCAUAA